ACUCCACGCUCAAACUCACUUUAAUAUGGGCGACGACAAAAAGGGAGAAAUCAAGUCUCCAUACGUUCAUCCUUCCUCGUUUGAAAAUGUAGAUGAUGYAAUUCAUCUACCAAACGUUACUAAACAGUUUUUGAGUCAGAUCAAAGUUCUUCCAGUCCAGCCAAACGAUGUAUUCAUUGCUUCGUAUCCCAAAUCAGGAACAACAUGGGUUACAGAAAUUGUAUGGCAAAUCUACUUUGACGGGAGUAUUGAUAACAGGCCUAUAGGAGAAAGAGUACCAUAUUUGGAAGAGAUGGAAGAAAAAGCAAUGARGCAACUACAUGAUUUUUAUGUACAACAUCCAUCACCACGUAUAUUUAAGGUUCAUUUACCAUAUGAUAAAGUACCCAUGAGAGAUAGCGAUGGCAACAAAGCCAAGUACAUCUACAUUGCUCGUAAUCCUAAAGACACAGCCGUGUCUUUUUAUCAUCAUUACAGGGGAUUUAAAUUGUAUGAGUUUGACCCUGAUCGAACAUGGGACGAAUUCUUUGAUAUGUUCAUCAAUAACAGAGUCAAUAACGGCAGUUGGUUUCAUCACGUGCUUAGUUGGUGGGCUCAUCGAGAUGAAGAYAACGUCCUCAUUCUCAAGUAUGAAGACAUGAAAAAGGACCCUUAUGCUGCCGUACAAACAAUCGCUAAAUUCCUCUGUAAAACUUUAUCUCCAGAGGUGCUUGAACGUAUCACGAAGCAAACAAGUUUUUCAUCGAUGUUUGACGGAAAAGUCCGAUUUUAUGAUACCGAGGCUUUGAAACCGCRCAGAAAUCCAGAUUUUAAAUUCUUUCGCAAAGGUCAAGUGGGAGACUGGAGGAAUUAUUUCACCGAGGAACAGAAUGUACGGCUCGACAAAAUCUAUCAUGAAAAACUAGAAGGAAGUGGACUGCAAUUUGAAUUUUGAAGACUGAGUAGGAAUAUUCUCUCUAUUACAAAGUCAAAAUUUGCAUUUAAUCUUUCAUGGAUUAGUAUAUUUUGCUUAUGCUAGCAAUAGAAUUAUACAUAAUAUACAGAAAUUAGUAAACUCUGAACAAUCCAUAGGAUAUAGAGCCAAUGAUAGCGCAAGGUAUAUAAUACUUGUUUGCAGUUUCAAUGUAAUAAACCCAUUACCUCUCUUCCCUAGUGAAUUCAAAACCCUCCCCGGGUUUUAGAACUUUAUAGAUUGUGUGAAAUAAAGAAUGCUUCAAAAUAAAA